AUGGAAACCCAAGAACAACACCUGAUCACACUCGCAGACAAUCUGCCAAACCUCGACCUUUCCCCUGUAGAAAUUGACAACGAUCCCAAGCCAGGCAUGGCACUAGCCGUCUGUUACCAGAUGGGACUGCAGCCUGUGCUGCUAGUGCGACCAGCCUUUGCUUAUGGCGCAUAUGGCGUCUGUUCUGUUUGGCUCGGAGCGAAUGACAAGAAGCUCUACCUGCGUAAGAUGGUGCUUGAGUGUGCAGGUAUGACCGCGACCCCGAGCGACAUUGUUCACUAUGUCCCUCAUUUGAAUGUGCCAAAGCUUGUUCAUUAUGUUAAUCAUGAGGCUGGUCCAGAACCUAGACUCUCAGAUGAUAUGUUCGAAGGCAUGAAGCAACAACACCUCUGGAGCAUGUUUAGUGAGUUUAUCAAUGGCCCAACGCUGGAAAAGGUGAUCAAGCAGUAUGCUAACAAGCAGAUGUAUAUCCCUGAGACCGAAAUCUGGCGUGUCGGAGCAGCCUUGUUAUCUGUGGUCAUGAAGAUGCAGUACCCAAUGGGUCAUGGUUACCAGACUGAAGCGAAGCUUCACCGAGACAUCCGGCCUCGAAAUAUUCUGGUCAGCAAUUCGCCUGAAUCCACACAAACCACAUUCCACCUCAUAGAUUUUGGAAUCGCCGCUGGGCCCGACAUGAUGAGGCGGAUGCUGCCAGGCAACUUUGAUGUCUGCAUGAUUGCGGAGGUACUCUUCGGUAUGAUGCUUCACAAAGCCGACCCAAAUCCCCGCCAAUGUUGCAACUUUGACAACGAUGUCUUUUCUCUGUCAAAAAGACUGCCUGACUGGCCUUACAGUGAAGAGCUCUACAGCUCUAUCAGCGAGUUGCAUAAGUAUGAGCACAAGAGUAAGACACCGCUGCAACCAAAACCACAACUCCGGCAAUGGAUGAAGAAAUUUCAGACCUUUGCGACGUCCUCUUUGGAGCAGGCGACGAGCGAUGGCAAAUCAAUUCGACUUGAGUCGGUGGCCCCGCUACCUGACACUAAGCCUAUGCUGUUCAAGCAUUCAGAAGCUGACGAGGUGAUAGCAGAUUUGAAGCUCAGAAACACAACGCCUGUUGUCCUUUCCAGAAAGCGUGGGUCGAUGAAGCCAGCUUAG